AUGCACUUGUUGUGUGACUCCUGUUUCUACGCACGGAUCAUAACAUCGGCUCAAGCAUAACUGCACAAGCAAAUUAAAUACUCCCAAUCAGGCGGCUAGGUGAUGGCUUUUUCACUGCUUUCGAAAUAGGCAUUCACCUUGCUUUAUAAUAAAGCAAAAACGACCGAAGUGAUACAAGGUGGCGAAAAAAAAUCCUCUUACAAAGCAAGGUGGUCCAAUUACAACAGCAGAAACUGUACUGCAGUCUGCACACCGACAGCCAUGGAUUCGACCAUGCAUCUCGCCUUAGCCAACAUGUAGUAGGAUAAAAGUUGUACACAAAUUUGCAUGCCUAAAAAUAUCUACAAACGCCCCUAUAAAUAGAUGUUGUACGCCGUUGAGCAAGCAUCAACCUAUUGCAAGCCACUUGCAGAAUGACUCCAACUAAGCAACACCACCUCCAUGUCCUCCUGCUCCUCCUCAUAUGCUCCUCCUCCAUAGUUGUUGCAGCCAAGCAUAACACCGCUGUCCUUUGCCACCCUGAUCAAGCUUCUUCCCUGCUCCAGCUAAAGCAAUCCUUCAUCGACGUCGAUGCAAAGUUGGCUUCAUGGCGAGCUGGAAGUGACUGCUGCCAUUGGGAGGGCGUCACCUGUGACAGGGACUCUGGGAGAGUCAUUUCCCUAGACCUUGGUGGGUUUAACUUGAUGAGCCGUCAUCUUCACCCUGCAAUCUUCAACCUCACAUCUCUGAGGAACCUCAGCCUUGCACACAAUGACUUCGGCACUGCCACCCUCCCAACUCACGGGUUCGAGCAGCUCCCAAAUAUCAUUCAUCUCAACUUCUCCUCUACCAGUUUUUUCGGCCAGUUUCCUGUUGGAAUUGCCCGCCUCAAGAACCUUGCCACUCUUGAUUUUUCUGAUAAUUUUGACUUAUAUCUACAAGAGCCAAACUUCCAGACCUUCAUGGCAAAUCUAAGCUAUCUGAGGGAGCUCCGGCUUGAUGCAGUAGACAUCUCCACCAGCGGAUCAAAUUGGUCCAUUGUUCUGGCGGACUCUGUUCCUCAGCUGCAAAUUCUUAGCUUGUUUCUGUGCGGUAUGUCUGGCCCUAUCCAUCAUUCUUUCUCGAGGCUUCGUUCCCUAACGAUUAUCAAUCUCAGAAACAAUGAGAGGCUCACUGGCAAAGUUCCUGAAUUCUUUGUUGAAUUUUCUUCCUUGAGAAUUCUUGAUAUAUCAGGAUGUUCUUUUAGAGGGCAAUUUCCAACAAAAAUUAUCCUGAUGAAAAGUUUGAGGGUGAUAGAUUUAUCUGAGAGCCCUAAACUUUCUGUGUGCUUACCAGAUUUCCCAGUUGGAAAUAACCUGGAGGUGUUAAAUCUAGCAGGGACCACUUUGUCUUGUGAUAUACGGUCGUCUCUUACAAAUCUCAAGUCUUUGAAGAAUUUGGGUCUAAGCACUUCAGAAGUUUCCAUGGAGCUCUCUUUGAUAGUACAUAAUCUUUCAUCAUUGAAUGAACUGCAACUUUAUGGAGGAGAAAUGGAGAAUACAAUACUAUCUUGGAUAGGCAAUCUUACACAAUUGACAUACUUGAUGCUAUAUAUGGCUAUGAUUUCUCUCAAUCAGUGCCCUCUUGGAUUGGCAAUCUAGCAAGUUUGGAAGGUUUGAUAAUUUGGAAUUGCAAUUUCCUUGGGACAAUACCUUUCCAGAUUGGCAGUCUUGCGAAUUUGACAGUAUUGGACCUCUCAGAUUGCAACUUCUCUGGUUCAAUUCCCUCAACAGUUGGGAACUUGGUCCAACUUGAAGAUUUGAAUCUUGGGGGCUGCAACCUUUCUGGUGAGAUCCUAACUAAUGCUUGUUUCUCUUCCUGCCUAAAAUCGAAUGACAACACAGUUGAUACACUUGUUGCAUCUAUAAUUUAUACUUUGAUAAGAGAAAGUUCUUUUAUUUCAUUACUAAAACCAAUGAUUGGAAAUAUUUGAAGGAUUCAACUCUAGCAUUAUUGGUGAUGUGGGAAAUUUGGAAGCACGGGAACAAUAUUGUCUUUAACCAGGCUUCUCUCUCAGUUAGACACGUCAUGCAUAGGGUCUUGGAGGAGUGCAAGCUGUGGAUAGUAGCUGGGUUAUUUAGAGGGGAUUUGGUGAACUUCGUAGUGGAGCUAACUAGGUAGGCUAAUAGUGAGUAAUCCCUAUGUAAUUCAGGUGGACUUGGGAGAAAUCCCUUGGUGUAAUCGGUGGAUGGGCAUAUCGCUCUUUCUUCUAUGAAUUUAUGAUAAGCAUGCUUGUACAUAUUUCAAGAAAAAAUAAAUCUAGUAUGGUACCUAGAAAUACACCACAAGACAUAUCGAAGUCUAACUUGAAAAGAAAAAUAGUCAUUAUGUGGACUACCUAAAACAAUUAUAUUAGUGCAUGUAUUUAGUGAAAAGGUAAAAUAUUUCAGUACACAAUAUGUUUUGCAAUGUUUGAUAAGUUGUGAAUUUCUCUGAUGUUCGCAGAAAUAUAACUAUUAAUGGGAAAUAUUCUUUCAGCUUCAAAUAUGCAUUGGUAUUAUAUU